AUGGAUAUGGGCCGCGUUGGUUGGAAGGCCAUUGCCGAUAUGAUUGCCUCCAAUCAAUCACUCCAGUCAUUAUCGCUGGAAAAUUGUCAAGGAAUGGACGAUGAUGCCGUCACCGGGAUUGUCAAUGCUCUGCAACACAACACGACACUGCGAAAACUGGAAUUGCAGGUGUUUGCGGGGCAUUGCACUCGAUUCAGUCAAAAGGUCGGACAAAAGGCAUUCGUAGAGCUGCUACGGUCGGGACGCAACAUCACCUUGGUGAAUCUGUAUACACAAGCCAGCGGGGAUCUCGAAGCACAGUUGGAGUGUUAUUUGAACCUCAACAGAACAGGGUUGAGACCUUUCGUGCUGCAAAAGGAGUUGCCACCGAACGCGGGGCUUCUGACUUUUGGAACUUGCUUCAGCAAUACAACAAUGAUCUGGACAUAUUAUUUUAUGUGUUGA